AUGGUUGAGCGUUUACAUCUCCAGCUAAAGACUGUCCUGCUUGCCGUGGAAGACCCAGGAAACUGGUCGGACAACCUUCCUCUUGCCCUCCUCGGCAUCCGCGCAGCUCUGAAGUCGGAUCUGGGCUGUAACGCAGCUGAAUUGGUUUUCAGCUCUAUCCUCCGACUGCCAGGCGAGAUGAUCACCCCAACCUCUCGUAGGGCCGACGAGACUCCCGAUAACCUUGUGCACCGUUUGCGGCAAUUUAUGCGCUCGCUUUCCCCGGUUCCAUCUCGAACCCCAAUGACUGAGUCUUAAGUCGAAAAAGACUUGGACAAGUGUACUCAUGUGUUCGUCCGGUGUGACCGUGUGCGCCAGCCGCUGGAAUCACCAUACGAAGGACCGUUCCGCGUGCUCGCGCUCGACGCCAAGACUUGCCGGACUCUUCGCGGUGGCAAGGAGGACGUGGUCGGUGUCGAUCGGGUCAAGGCUGCUGUUGCAGAGGAGCCGCCGGAUCUGUCACAAGGAUAA